GUCGCGCCGCCGGCCGCCGGCAGCUCCCGGCCGCCUCCCGCGGCCACCUGCGGGGCCAGUCACUUCCGCUGCGAUAACGGCCGCUGCAUCUGGGAGGCGUUCGUGUGCGACGGCGACCGCGACUGUCCGGGCGGCGAGGACGAGGCGGAGUGCGCCGGCGGCACGGGCGGCUGCGCGGCCGGCCAGUACCGCUGCCUGCUGUCCGGCGAGUGCAUCGGACGCCGCCUGCUCUGCAAUGGCCGCCAGGACUGCGCCGACAACUCGGACGAGGAGGCCUGCGCGCCGGAAGGCACCACCGUGCAGCCGUUCACCUGCCCGUCCGGCUUCUUCCGGUGCGACUUCCACACCUGCCUGCCCUACUUCAAGUUCUGCGACGGCCACCGGGACUGCUCGGACGGCUACGACGAGUCCAGCUGCCGCGACGAUAGCACCGUGUUCCAGGUGGUGAGCUACGCCGCCGACACCAAGACGCUGACGCCGCAUGCGGUGACGGUGGGCUGGAAGACGAACGCUCGCGGCCCGGCCAUGCUCGCCAAGCUCAGGUACUUGCCAUCGAUCUGCGCCGUCUACCAGCCGGGGCCGUGCCACUGGAUCAAUAUGACCUGGAUCGCCGACACCGAGUACCGCUUCGACCGGCUGGAGCCGUUCACAUGGUACAACGUGACCGUGUUCGUGCGCGCCGAGGGACGCGACGCCGCCUUCCCCGCCAGCCAGUACAUCAGCGUCCAGACCCUCAGCGCCCGGCCGACGCCACCCUGGCAGAUGACCGCCACACAGCUGAACCACAACUCUGUUCGCGUGUCGUGGCAGCCGCCCAAGCACAUGAACGGCCGCCUGUUGAACUACCGGCUCUCGAUGGUGCCGCCUCAGCCGGCCCACGUGUUUCACACACGGCACACCAACUUCACCGUGGUCGAGGACUUCCUGCCCGGCGCGAACUACACGUUCUUCGUCCAGGCGGAGAACGCCGAGUUCCUGAGCGAGAGCUCGCACCCGGCGUCGCUCGUGUUCGACGGCGACGCGGUGAUCGGUGCCGUGACCGGCGUCGCCGUGGAGGAGCGCACGCCGCGCUCGCUGACGCUCAGCUGGGACGCGCUGCCGGCGGCUGACGGCUUCCUGGUGCGCUACACGCCUACGGAGAACCAGCUGGUGCCCGCCGACGACCUCCGCACCAAGAAUAACCGUGUCGUGCUGUCUGGGCUACUAUCUUCGGGCACAGCGUACGAGUUGACGGUGCAGGGCUACAAGGGCCGCUUCACGGGGCCGGUGCAAGCCAUCAGCAGCGGCACCACCGGCCAGCCAGUCCCGGCAGGUCACGAAUCUCACGGCGACGCUGUCGCCACACAGCGGCAUGCUCGUCAACCUUAGCUGGCGGCCGCCGCCGUCGAGCGGCGGCACCGUCGACGCGCUGGAGUACGGCGUGUUCUGGGGCACGUCGAUGGAGGAGCUGUACUCGGGCGGUGUGCGACAGAGGGUGAACGCUACGUCAGUACAGGUGACCGGCCUGGCCGCCUGCGAAGACUAUCUGCUGGUGGUGGCCGUGGUCGGACCGAACGGUACGGGGGUCGGCGCGCCCGCCGCCCGCCUGCGCACCAAGUAUGAUGUGCGCGCGCCGCCCAAGAACGUGACCGUGACCAGCGUGCGCGGAAAGCAGCUGAUGAUGAAAGUCCGCUGGUCGGCCAGCUGCCCGGUAGUGGAGCGGCCGGUCGGCUAUAACAUCACCGUGGUAGAGGUGGGAGGUGGGUCACGUGCACCAUACCGGGUGACGCUGCCCACCAGUUCGGAGGUGGCCCACUCCCACCAGGUGCCCGCCAACUACGGCGGCCACUACCUAGUGACAGUGCGCACCAC